AUGUUAUCCUCAACCCUUCUAAGAGAUUUAAUCGUUAUCAAGCAACUUGGAGCAGGAGGUAAUGGUACUGUGUACCUUACACAGCACAAUAUAUCCCUCAACAGAUACGUGGUCAAGAUAUUCAGAGAUCAUCCUGACCUUCCUAUGGUUUAUCAAGACGGGACAGAACUACCACUAGAAAUAGCGACACUAAGAUCACUCCAUCACCCCAAUGUAGUGAAGUAUGAAACUCACUUCCUCUUUAAGGGAGAAUGGUAUCUGCUGAUGGAAUACGAGCCAGGAUUCAGUGAUCUGCACACCUUGACUCGAAAGUGCAAACUUACCGAGAAGACCGUACUGAACAUAGCAGAGCAGCUGUACACAGUUGUGGAUUACUGUCUUCAGAACAACAUCGACCACGGAGACAUCAAGGAAGAGAAUAUCCUCUACAAUCCCAAGACAAACCAACUCAAACUGAUAGACUUCGGUACUGCUCUACCUCUUUCGAAACACCCUCUCAACUUUCUCAGAGGCACCACCGCAUGUCUGCCUCCUGAAGCGUUCUCCAAACCUCACUACUUCCCACUUCAAGCCAGUGUCUGGGCUAUCGGGUGUGUUCUGUACGGCUGUAUGACGGGCAGACCUGCAUUCUCAGACACUUCUGAUAUCCUGAAUAAGAGAGCGAAAGUUCCACUACACACGAGGAAGUUCUACUCCAGGAGACUGGUCAGCCUGGCGGAGCGCUGUUUGGAACCUUGCCGAGUUUUGAGGAUUAUGUGGUCGGAGUUGGGGAGACAAUUAUGA